GUUCUGAGUGAUCUUCCAGGGAGCUCUGAUGCGUCUGACUCUUGUAAUAUUAAGAAAUCUCAAGACGGAGAUGCCUCUGGAAGUGGGGGAUCUAGAAGGCCCAACAUGUCGUUACUGCAGAAAUGCACUUCAAUAAUUUUCUCACCAAGUAAAAGAGCUGAACAUGGGAUUAACACAAGCAAGUCUGACCAGCGUCCAUCUUCCUCAGUGGCAGUUAAUAUGGAAACAAAAUGUGAAAAGCCUCCGCCAAUUGAUCUUCAACCACUUCCAUCUAGUAGCUCAAUUCCGGAGGAGGAUGAGGAAUAUACAGACAGUAGAGUACAAGAAAUUUCUGAGGGUUCUCAGCUGUCUGAGCUUCAAAGUGCGAGGCACGGACGUGGCAGACCUAGAAAAACCAAAGCUCCUUUGAAUCAUAAAAGUUCGGUCAAGCAUGCAGGCCCUGAAGAAUCAUUUAAAGAUGAAUUGAGUGGUCGUGUGUCUGUUACUAGCGAGAAGACAACAGGUGGAGGUGGAAGGAAAAGACAGCAUAUUGAGGAUACUGCUACGGGUGGACAACGCAAGAGACAACAGACAGUUGGUGUCUUACCACAAACCCCUGGCCAAAGACGCUACAAUCUGAGGCGGAACAGGACGUAA